GAAGCUGAGUCGCGCGCGCAGUCUGAAGAGAAGGCGGUUGCUGUCGGUGCGGUCGUGAGAGCUCGGCAGAGAAUAAAAAUAUGAAAAAAUACAGUAAUAGCUGGUCCUAUGAGGGCAAACGUUAUGGAAGAUCUGGCUAUUCCUCUCAGGAUCCACAAACAAGCUACAGAUACCAAAGGAACCAUUCUCGUGGGGAGGUAGUGACACCUCCACUGCUGGAGCGCAAGGAGCACACGGUUUCAAGCUCCCCCAUGGCCAUGACUGUGGAUUUUAAAACUUAUGUGGAUCAGGCAUGCAGAGCUGCUGAGGAAUUUGUCAAUAUUUACUAUGAGACAAUGGACAAAAGAAGACAUGCAAUUGUCAGGCUGUAUUUGGACAAGGCCACUCUAAUCUGGAAUGGAAAUGUUGUUACAGGGCUGGAAGCCCUUACUAAUUUUUUUGAGAUGUUGCCUUCCAGUGAGUUCCAGAUCAAUAUGUUGGACUGCCAACCAGUUCAUGAGCAAGCUACCCAGUCCCAGACUACAGUUCUCGUUGUGACCAGUGGAGCUGUGAAGUUUGAUGGAAACAAACAACACUUCUUCAACCAGAACUUCCUGCUGACUGCACAUAGCACUCGUAACAGCACUGUGUGGAAGAUCGCAAGUGACUGCUUCCGCUUUCAAGAUUGGGCUAGUACUUAAAGGAGCAAAAGCCCAUUCUCUAGGUCCAUUAGUUCCAGCAGGAGAGGUUUAAUGUGAAUUAAUAUAUUUCAUUGCCUAAGUACUAUAUACCAGUACCAUAUACCAGUAUGUGCUGAAACAAAAAUGUAUGUAAUAUAUUUUUUAUUCCUAGCAACACUUUUGCUAGAGCAGUUGCCAGUUUGGAUUAUUGCCCCUAAGAACUUUAAAGAUAGUUUUUUUUACAUACCUUAUGUAUACAUUCCACUACUGAUACUCUCGGGGUAAUAUUAAACAUGACCCAGGUACUAAGAUGCUCACUGUGAACCCAAUCUGUUGCACAAAUGGAGUCCUUUUGUAAUACUGUCUAUGGAAUAGCACAACAUAGCUCUGGAGGAGGAAGUAGUGGCUUUUCUGUCCUUAGGAUAAUUUUUCAAUGAAGCACAUGCCUGUUUACAGUCAACACUGGUAAUAUAGUUUUGAUAUAUAAGCAUAGAUUUUUGAAGUCAAUUCAAAUUAGUUUAUACACCAGUAUUCUGACAUAUUUGAAUUAGAUAUAAGGGUUUUAUAGUCCGUAUUAUUUUCUUACAUCAACAUGUUUCCUUUUGAAAUAAGGUGAUCAACUAGAUGGGCGAAAAAAUGUGCUUGGCUGAUACUUGAGUAUUGGGUGCAUUUAGUGGCAAUAACACCUUUCCAACAUUUUCUUGGCAGCUUCAGGUCAAUAUAGUUAUGUGAUAAGUGGUAGUGAAACUAAAAGCUUUAAUGGGAGAAUGGGGAAUAGAAAAUGUAGAAAUCCAAGACUGAAGCCAAAAAUGAGAGAGGUGACCAAGUGAUAAAAUCAGUUCUUGUUUCUUCCUGGCAGUAUAACCUAGUUUGGGGAUUUGAAUCCCCGAGUCUUUUAAGUAUUCUUGCCAAAUGGUCAUAAGUUUGCUUUUGUUCUAAGAAUUGGAUUUUAAGACCUUACUUCUCUUCAUACGUGUCUCUAGUAUCCAUCCCAGUUUAUUUGAGAACUUAUAUGAGUCAGUCGUCAGCAGUAAACUGAACUUUGUGACAGACUCUGAAAGUUAGAAAGAAAGCUACUGCUGUCUCUGUGCACCCUGAACUCCGAAGGCUCCCACAUCAACUUCAGGCCCAAAGACUUCUGUAUGUUACCUACCACCCACAUGAAUGGUUUU